UCCAUUUCUUGCAUGUGGCUGUUUCCUCGUAGAGUGGGUUUUCGUUCUUUUGCUUCUGUGCUACGCGUGAAUUUUUCUCCUGUUAUUGUUGCUCGAUCAGUAAUGGACAAGGCUGCACUUUUCCAAAGUAUUGGUUUAAGCGAGCAGAAAGCUCAAGAAACGCUGAAGAAUGAUGCAUUAUCGAAGCGAUUGGAAUCCAUCAUAACUUUGGUGAAAGAAAAAUCUGCAGAUGGGAUUGAAAAACCCACUGGUGUUUUGAUGUACUCCUUAGCAAGCAGUAGUAUCAAAGAUGAUGCACAGAUCAAGUUUGUGAGCAACUACAUUGCAAAUAAGAAAUUGGCAUCUGCGAUACAACUGACAGCUGCGGUGGAUUUUAUGAAGGCCAAUCCAGUUUUACCCGUUGAUGUGACUGCUUUUGAAAAGAGUUGUGGUAUUGGAGUGAACAUCACACCUGAUCAGAUUGAAGACUGUGAAGCAAAACCCAGCAAAGAGGGAAAGGUAGCCAAAGAGUCUCAUCCAGCAGCUGCAGAAGUUUCAGUAAAUGGUGAUGCUGGAGAUGAUGAAACAAGUUCUUUGUUUGGAGAGGCAAGCAAGUUCCACAAACCAGGUGAAAACUACCUCACACCUGCUUAUGUUGUAACCCCCAAGACAAUGACGCUGCUAAAGGAACAUCUAGAGAGAACUGGAGGAAGGGUGCAAACAAGAUUCCCUCCCGAACCUAAUGGUAUUCUUCACAUUGGUCACGCCAAGGCUAUAAACUUCAACUUUGGUUAUGCAAGAGCCCACAAUGGGGUUUGCUACUUGAGAUAUGAUGACACAAACCCAGAGAAGGAAGAGGAGAAGUUUUUCACAGGCAUUUUGGAUAUGGUCAGAUGGCUAGGUUUUGAGCCAUGGAAGAUAACCCAUGCUUCAGACAAUUUUGGAAAAUUGUAUGAUUUUGCAGUAGAUCUCAUUAAAAGGGGACAAGCAUAUGUCUGCCACCAGCAGUAUGAAGAAAUCAAAGGCCAUAACCCCCCACCCAGCCCCUGGCGGGACAGACCAAUAGAGGAAUCACUGAGACUGUUUGAGGAUAUGAGGAAGGGGAAAAUAGAUGAAGGAGCGGCAACAUUGAGAAUGAGGACCACACUUGAGGAUGGAAAAAUGGACCCUGUUGCUUAUCGAAUAAAGUUUACCCCACAUCAUAGAACUGGAGAUGAAUGGUGUAUUUAUCCAACAUAUGACUUCACCCACUGUCUUUGUGAUUCUGUAGAGGAUAUCUCACAUUCGCUCUGCACCAAAGAAUUUCAGUCACGGCGUUCAUCUUAUUACUGGUUGUGUAAUGCUCUUGAUAUCUACUGCCCAGUGCAGUGGGAGUAUGGUAGAUUGAACUUGAGUUACACUGUGGUUUCCAAGAGAAAAAUUGCUAAACUGAUCUCCUCUGGCAUUGUUAGGGAUUGGGAUGAUCCAAGAUUGUUUACUCUCACAGCUCUCAGACGGAGAGGAUUUCCUCCCGGGGCUAUCAAUAAAUUCUGUGGCAAGGUUGGUGUGACAAUGGCACAGACAGUCACAGAUCCAUUACUCCUUGAGUCAUGCGUGCGAGAUGAACUGAAUGUUACUGCACCCAGGGUCAUGGCUGUUCUUGAACCACUCAAGGUGACAAUUCAGAAUGUGGACAAGCAAGUCAAGCUCAGUGUUCCCAAUUUCCCCCAAGAUCCAAGCAAAGGAAACCAUGAAAUUUCAUUUGGAAAAACGAUUUUCAUUGAGCAGACAGACUUCAAAGAGAUGUCAGAGAAAGGUUUCCGCCGCCUUACUCCUGAUCAGUCUGUUGGCCUCAAGUAUGCUGGUAUGGUGAUAACACUUCAUAAAGUUGUCAAGGAUUCCAGUGGAAAAGUGACAGAGUUGGUAGUGAACUGUGAGUCAACAGAAACUGCACCAAAACCAAAGGCUUUCAUUCAUUGGGUGUCUUCACCUCUGAAAUGUGAAGUCAGACUUUAUGAAAGACUAUUCAAACACAAGAAUCCAGAGGACCCAGCAGAAGUACCGGGUGGUUUUAUAACAGAUUGCAACAAGGACUCUCUUACAGUAAUCCCUGAAGCUCUUGUAGAACAAACAGUCAAACAAGCUGCUGUCUAUGACAAAUUCCAGUUUGAAAGGAUUGGUUUCUUUAGUGUUGACCCAGACAGCUGUAAAAGCAAGCUGGUGUUCAACCGAACUAUCUCUUUGAAAGAAGAUCCUGGCAAACUGUAGUUGGAUAACAGAAUAUGUUUCUAUCAAUAACACAAAUCAAAUCGUGUUGGAUUGCUCUACAUACUUAACAAUAUUUUGACAAGACUCUCUAGUGACCGGUACCCAACCAUACUGAUUCAAAUUCCCGUACAGCACACUACUUUUAAUGUAAUGCAUGUCUCAGGCAGACUACUUGGUUUUGGACUUUUGGAGCUAGGAUAAAAUGGGAAAGUGAAAUAAUCCAAAUUCCUGUAUGUCAAAGAUGAGAAAUUCUGAGUGUGUACUCUGGGUUAGAUUGAAAUAUUUCCUUCACUUCCAGAGGAAUUUCUUUAACAUAGCUUGUUUAAGAGAUGGAUCGUGUUUUUUACCAAGUUGACAUAAACAUGAGAGAAGUCUGUAAGGCUUGCGUAUCUGGCCUGUAAUGCACAAACUUUUCCCAGCACCCCAAGUAAGUUAUUAAAAAACUGAUGUUCUAGUCAUUAUGCUUGUAGUAUCCCAGUUAUUUUAUUAAAAGUCUUGACAUAAAAAAAAAAAAGAUAAAUUAUGUCUUUGUGCCAGUAAAUGCUUAAGCAACUUAAUAUAAUCUACUUUUUAUCAUCUGUGGCCUCCUUGUGGACUUCUCAACUGUUAAAUGCCAAAUGUGACUUUGUCACACCUUUGACAUAAUAUAUCAGUUUUUCUGUUUCAUGUUGUCCCAAAGAAAUGCCUUGCUCUGUGAGUUUUUUCAGUAAUACAAAUGUAAUAUUACUAUUUAUCAUUUUUUCUUUUAUUAAAAUACCUAUACCUAGGAGUUUUUUGCUUUCUGAAGCAAAUGAUAAAGAUUGUUCUCACGAAUCUUUUUAUACAUUUGGAUGGUGAA